UAAUUACUAUAGGGCACUUAUUCCUUGUCUGCUUGGUGUUAAGUAUUUGUUGGGUCGCUGUUGGUCCAUAUACUAAAUAUUCAACCCAAAUUAUCUCCAGCUAACCUGCAGUAUUCAAUCCCUCCCACAUAGGGCGGCUAUGGUUUCUCCGGUAAUAAUACGGUACAGAUUUCGCCGUUUUCUCCUUCAAUUUUCUGAAAACAGAUAGCACCCGAAGCUCAAAAUUGCUACAAUAUCCACAACUAUGAAUUCUAUUGCUGGUUAACAGGUAGAUGUUGAGAAAAGUCUUUAUUUCAGUCAACAAAGGCCGCCUUGAUACGAGGUGAAAUGAGUUCAGGCUCGGCUGUAAAAGCGACGGCGCUGCUUCGUAUCUUGCGUUUGUCGCUAGAUGGCAGGAGAAGUCCAGUUUCUGAGGGAUUAACCGGGUCGUUCAGCCUGCUGCAGCCUGGAUUAUUUUUGUUGUAUUAACAUCAAGCACAAACCAUGAGAUGGCAUUCAAAGGCAAAGCGGUCGACUCGAAGACCGUGCUCUUCAAUCUGCUGCUGUGUUUGCUCAUAUUUUACUCUCUUUUCUACAUGAUUGGGAGUGUGUGCUUCGGUGCCUUCAGGUUGGAUCACUUUGACGGACUGAUUCCAUUUGACUUUAAGACGGAACCUGCUGAAUCCAACUCCAAAUACUUGGUGAACCUCCUGUCCUUGGAGCUCACCUACUUUUGUAGCGGCCUUUUGUUUGCUGCAGUGGUGAGGAGGCGGGUGUGGGACUACGCCCUCACUGUCACACUUCUGCAUGUAAUGAUCACCAGCCUUGUGAUGUUGGAGUUUCCCAUGGUGUGGCAGUGGUGGCUGGCUUUGGGUAGCGGCUUGUUUCUGAUGAUCUGCAAUGGUCAGCUGAUAGCUUAUUUCACCUGCCAGAGUGACCAGAGCCACGCCUCCUUCAGCAUCUACUGACACACAGACAAGUAACUGAAUAAACUGUUUCAGAAACAGCCUUGUGAAGUGGAGUAGUAAGGAUCAGACCAGAUGCUCUCUUCUGUGAGACACCCAUUAGAUUCUCCGUGGUGAUGGGCUUUCUCUGUUUUCAGUCACUAAAAAAAGGUUUCACCAUCACACAUAAAGUCAGCGCUGGGUCUGAUUUGUGUUUAAGGGUUGUCAACAGAAUACCAUCCGAUUCUGUCAUGUAAAUACCACAAGGAGUCGUUCACUGUAUUUCUCUUGUGAUGCACAAUGCCUUAGUCACUAUGCAGGAUUUCAAGGCAGCCUGUGAAGUAUUCACAGUACCUUUGUAAGCUGUGAAUGUAAUAGCUGAAUGGGAAUGUUGCAAUACAUGUUUGAAGUAUAAUUUAAAGAUAUAAAUAUUAAGUAUUAAACAAUAAAAUUCCUUGAAUUAGG